AUGUAUCUGUCCCAGGUGGACCGUCAGUCCCAGUUCAUCCAGGGCUACAGAGUUCUGUAUAGGCAGAUGUCUGGCCUGUUUUCCCCAGGACCCUGGCAGACCCAGGAUGUGAAGAUCCCCUCAGAGCGCAGCGUGGUCCUCUCCAACCUCAAGAAAGGCAUCAUCUAUGAGAUCAAGAUCCGGCCCUACUUUAAUGAGUUCCAGGGCAUGGACAGUGAGUCCAGGUCGGCUCGCACCACAGAGGAAGGUAAAGAAAUCACCAUGUUAUUUCAUGGGCAUUUUCCUCCAUCCAAGUGGUUUCUGUCCACACAGAUUUGGGAUGACUGUUUGACAUGUUUCCCUGUAGGGCGUCCAAUUGUCAUGAUAUCAUAAAUGUCGCUCACAGUACUCUGUCUACUGCUGUGACAUUUUAGGGGUAUUUUGUGUGUGUGUGUGUUUGUGUGUGUGUGUUUGUUCCUGCCCACUGUGUAGCGUGCUGACCUUUCUGCUGUGCUUGAUUGUUUAUGAUUGGUGGUGUUUCUGUUGGCCUGCUUCUCAUCCAUCACCCUGCAGCCAUGAGCUGAGCUGGACGCAGCGCUCGCUCACUUCCUGCUGGGAGAAGGAGCUGUCAACCUCAGCCUGACUCUGACAGGACAUGACAGGGCUGGAGAGAGACAUGCUGCACACUGAUACACACACACACACAUACACAAUCCAUACCUCCAGGCCUCGGGCCAGCCUGUGGGAUCCUCCAUACUUUCCCACCUCUAAUGGAGUAGACUGGGAUUCACCUCAUUACCUGUUACACUGGGAAUAGGCAGAUGAUAUGGACGGUGAUAUAGCUGUACAUGCUGUACCUAUUCAUGUGAUGAAGUUGAAUAGUAGGUUAGACAAACAUGUACAGUCCAUGCAGGGGAACACAAUCAACAUAAACACACACAGAUACCCCAAGGCUAUGUCCCCCCUCCCUUCCUUUCCCUACACAAUCAUAUACAGACCUGGGAAGAGAGGAGACAGUUCAGAUCCAGCUGCUGUGACAGGCCCAUUUAUUUCCCCCAGUCUCAGUGGAGGGGCCCUAUCUCCUGUGACCAGCCCCUGUAUGCUGCAGCGCUAUGUACUGUGGGCCCUGUGACUGCCUCAUCUCACACACACAAACACACCGCCCCACAGCACCUGCCUAGACCAGCUAUUACUAGCUCUGAUAAAACUCCCUGCCUCUUCUCUGUCUGCAGCCUAGGCCCUCUGAGAGAUCUAGCUCUUUCUACUUCUGUCACAGCAGAACCUCUGUGUGUGUCGACCCAUCCCAGUCACAUGCAGACAGAGGCAGAGGCAGACAGAGGCAGAGGCAGACAGAGGCAGAGGCAGACAGAGGCAGAGGCAGACAGAGGCAGAGGCAGACAGAGGCAGAGGCAGACAGAGGCAGAGGCAGACAGAGGCAGAGGCAGACAGAGACAGAGGCAGACAGAGACAGAGACAGAGGCAGACAGAGGCAGACAGAGACAGAGGCAGAUGCAGAGGCAGACGCAGAGGCAGAGGCAGAGACUGUGCUGGAGGCUCCUGUGAGGCCAUGGGACAGACACUGUGAGGCCAUGGGACAGACACUGUGAGGCCAUGGGACAGACACUGUGAGACCAGUGAAGUUAGUCAGUUUGAUAAGGAGUAGGGGUUUGGAGAGUGAAAACUCAGUGUGUCCAUUAGCUAACAUUAUUAGAGCAUCCACAUCCCCAGAGCAUCUCUACCAGGAGGAUGAUGGGAUAAUACUCUACCUUCUGUCGUUCACUUUGUUUCUCUCUUCUCCUUCUCUCUGGUCUAUCUGGAGAGGGGAGAGUGGAGGCAGACAGCCAAGCCAAGGGGAUGAGAACCAGAACACAUUCUAUGAAUAGAACACACUCUUGACCACAUUCCUGUGAUAUGAAGUCCAAUGACAGGAACUCAGAAGGGACCAGAGAGGCCCAUCUAGUAUGAUAAACACCCCAGCCAGCCUGCCUGGUUCUUGGGGAGAGUUAGAACCAGUAGUCAGUGGGGGUAGGAGGCCAACAGUACAGUAUCUACCUACUGCUGCCUGUCUGUUCCCAGCAUAGAAAAUUAGUUACUGCACAUCUCAAUGGCUCUGAGGCCCAGAUUAGCACUCCACUGUUUAGUAUGGAAGUGAUGGCAGUGUGUGAUGUGACGUGAGUCUCCAUCCCCGCAGCAGCACAGUAGUGUGUGUGUGUGUGUGUGUGUGUGUGUGUGCGUGCGCGCGCUCGUGCGUGUGUAACGUACGUGUGGAGACAGGGGGUCACAUUCCUGCCAGCCAUACAUCACUAGGCUAAUGGCUCUAUUAGCGCAGCCGGCACUGCUCCUAAUGAGAAAUGUGUAUUGUUUAGCGCAAAUAUGCAUAAUAAUAAGCUGUUAAAUCAUUCAUAACGUUAACUUUGAACGACAUUGUCUCUGAUGGCUGCUGCGCUGCGACUUAACGUUUUGUCACCUCUGUGUAAUCUAACACAGCUGUGGAGGGCGGCGGAUGCCUCUAAGCAUGAUGUGAGAUGGUCUGCUCCCUUGGUGGUGGUUUCUAAUAAGGCGUCCAUCAUUGGAGCCGUUUGUCUUCUUCCUCCAUGCCUGCUCCUCUCUUGGCCUUUUGGGGGUCAGUGUACCAGUAUGGCUCCAGCGAGGGAUGAGCGUAGAUCUGCAGCAUGACACGUGCCAUUUUGGAGGGGGUGGGUGCUAGCUGGGGGAGGUGAGAGAGAGGCAGCCUCAGAGUAAUUGACCUGUCAGCAUUCUGCUGUGGUGUGACUCACCUGCCAGUCGCAGCGGAAAUUAGAAAAACUUUAUUUUCAGUUUGCUUCGUUGUUAUUAAUUUGCCCGGCGCUCGGUCAGUCGGUCGGUCAGAGAGUUUCUAUGAAAUGACAUCGAUGUGAGGUUAAUAAUGAAACCCAGGGCUGAUGUCUGCUGUAGGCUCUGGGCUCUGUCUCUCAGGCCAUGUACACACCCCAUCUAUAGAGCUGUGCCUCGCUUUAGAGCCUCCCCCCUGCUUUCUACUCCACUGGCUUUAGUUCCACCUGGCUGAUCGAUGAAACCAGUCAAUAUGUUUACCUAGCCCCAUGUUUCAAUUCUCCCCAAAAUACAUUUCUUCAUAUGUUCCUCACGUAUGGCUGCACUGCCAUAUGGCUCAUCCUAUAAGCCUGUUGACCCACAUGCCACCCUGGCUGAGUCAAUGGAGGAGUUUUAGCUUGACUGAGGAUACUUGUCUGACUCUGCCUGGCUGUUCCUCUGAAAAUCAAUAGCACUAUUCUGUGUGUAAAUCCCUCUGUGUUGGAGCAGGCGCAGGAGCAGGGCUGGGAUAUUAAAUCAUAGUGAAAUGUUAAAGAUAGACGUGUCGUACUUGCCUGUUCUCCAUGUAAAUCCCCUUCUAAUGAGCUGCUGCUCUGCCCACAGCCACCUGUGUCUUCCACUUGCUAACCAUUACACACACUCCUCCUCAGAAUAAAGAUGAGUGUGAGAGAGAGUAUAGAGUGUCCUGCAUAAUAUAAUAAUAAUAAUAAUAUGCCAUUUAGCAGACGCUUUUAUCCAAAGCGACUUACAGUCAUGCGUGCAUUCAUUUUUUUUGUGUAUGGGUGGUCCCGGGGAUCGAACCCACUACCUUGGCGUUACAAGCGCCGUGCUCUACCAGCUGAGCUACAGAGGACCAUGCAUGUGUGGGUGUGUGAGUGAGAGUGUGUGUGUGCGUGUGUGUGUGUGUGUGUGUGUGUGUGUGUGUGUGUGUGUGUGUGUGUGUGUGUGUGUGUGUGUGUGUGUGUGUGUGUGUGUGUGUGUGUGUGUGUGUGCGUGUGGAUGUUAGUGUGUGUGAGGUUGUGUGCGCGUUAGAGAAUGGAAUACUCUCCCUCUCCCUGUUCCCUGACUAGUCUACUGUCCCCCCCCCCCCAUCCCAUCUGUCUCCCCUCAACCCCAGCUCCCAGUGCCCCUCCCCUGCAGGUGACAGUCCUGACGGUGGGCAACCAGAACAGCACCUCCAUCAGCAUCUCCUGGGACCCCCCUCCUCCAGACCACCAGAACGGCAUCAUCCAGGAGUACAAGGCAGGUCACAGAGAGAUGAUAGGCUGGAUGUAACCUGAUGGCUUUGGCUUACCGAGAAGCCAUCAGAAUCAAUAUAAUACUCAACUUGACCCCACUGUGGCAGGAUGUUAUGUUCUCUCUUCUUCUGUCUCUCUCCCUCUCUUCAGAUCUGGUGCCUAGGGAAUGAGACACGUUUCCACGUGAAUAAGACGGUGGAUGCAGCCAUCCGGUCGGUGGUUGUGGGGGGGCUUCAGGUGGGGGUGCUGUAUCGGGUGGAGGUGGCCGCCAGCACCAGUGCAGGGGUGGGGGUAAAGAGUGAACCUCAGCCAAUCGUCAUCGGUAAGAGACCCGGGGGGAGGAGAAGGGGGGAUGGGAGGGGGGAGGGGGGAGGGGGAGGGGGAGGGGAAAGGGAAAGGGUAGAAUGAGGGGGCCUUAUGGUAGAAUGAUGGAGGAAUGUAAAAGUGGCCCAUUGAUUACUCAUCCAUAAUUACAGAAAAGCCCAUUUCAUUUUUGACAUAUAUCGUUUUUUUAAAUUGGAAAAAACAUCAUUCCAAUUAACAUGGCCUCCAGACAGGGAACACAAAAUGCUUGUUUAAAUGCUCAAUAUUAUCACUGAUUGGGGCAAAUGUAUUUACUAUUAGAGAGCGUGUGACAUGAAUGAUCAGUCAUACUGAUUGUUUUUAAACCAUAGCUCUGUUAUAUGUAUGUGUAGCUGGGCUGUGGUGUAGUUCUGUGUGAUUUAUGUGUAGCUGGGCUGUGGUGUAGUUCUGUGUGAUUUAUGUGGACCAGGGGCAGAUUGUGUCUGAUUUGACCCAUAACUGAUGGCUUGGCCUGUAGCAUACUCUUAUUUCCCCAAUGUCACUCCUAUAAUCCAUCUCAGUUCUCCAAGCCAAAGAUUGCAGAUAUAUUGUCAUGUGUGCUCUUCUGAGAACCAACUCUUAUUGCACUCCAUGAAAUAGUGUCAGGCAGACAAGUCAGAGUGAGCUUCGAUUGGUAGAUCGAUGCGGAGCAGGGUGUGUGCCCCUCAUCUCACAUGGUCUAUUUUACUGAAGUGAAUUAGAGUCUGAGCUAAGCAAACAGCAGGAUCACCUGAGGGGUUGUCAUCAGCUUUUAGGACUUAGCCUCCCUCCCCUCUCUCUGUCUGCACAUUAGGUUUCACAGCACAUCCAUGUUCUACUCUCUCAGUCAAUAUGUUAGCUGUAAUUGACAAGAGGCUGGUAUUGCCUCUCUAUCUCACCGUAUCUACUGCUCUACACCUGGAGCCCAAUCCUAACUAUGGUCUGUGCAUGGAAUUCACAUUUUCCUGUUGAGGUUGAAGGCAUAUCUUGAGGUAAAAUUGAGCUCUUAGUGAAUAUGUGGGGACUAUUACAGUGCUGAUAUUGUCCCCAGCCGGCUAAUAAUUGUAACAACAAAAUUGUUUAUUAAUCAAACAACCUUGCAUACACACCCUCACACUGGACCCCGUCCCCCCGUUCCCAUCCCCGUCCCCCUGUCCCCCUGUGCCUCCCACCCCAGGUAAGGACUUCCGUGAAGUGAUCAUGAGUGGGAACAGGAACAACAGCAUCACGGAGCAGAUCACAGACGUGGUGAAGCAGCCGGCGUUCAUAGCAGGGAUCGGAGGGGCCUGCUGGGUCAUCCUCAUGGGCUUCAGUAUCUGGCUGUACUGGAGGAGGAAGAAGAGGAAGGGCCUCAGCAACUACGCA